UCGCACGUCGUCGCUUAAAUAUAUAAAAACCGUUUUUUAGUUAUUUUUUUCAACAAAAAACCCUUAUGGAGAAAAAGAGAGCGACUGAGGAAGAAACCGGCGAUGAGUCUCCGGCGACUAAGCGGCGGAGAGAGGCAACGGAAAUGGUUGAGUUCAACGACUACGACGACGUUUUGCCGUGGUUAUCGAUGGAAGGUACUUGCAAGACUGAUGCGAUGAGUGAGUUAUUCAAGCUCGUCGAUGACUCUACGGAACUUGCUCCAUCUUCGACUUGUUCUCCGACGUCGUACUGUACGAAAGUCAAGUUCAGCGACAAUCCGUACUCGUCGGCGUUGAUUUUCCAGUCUUCGUCCUCGUACGUCACCAUAAACGGUAACGAAGAGAGUUGCGGUUCGUCUUUUUCGGACUCGGAGUCGAGCGUGAUGGCGAGUGUGGACAUGAGGGGGAUCGUGAGCACUAAUGUGAAGGUUGAUAACGGUUUGGAAGAGAUCAGAGGGUGGUUGGAAGCGGAAGAAGGAAGCGCGUGGGGUAAAAGCGAGGGAGAGUCGCGUGAGACAUGGAUGGUGGAUUGGGAAUGGGACGAAGAGCAGCUCGCCAGGUUUUUGGGUGAGGAAUGCCUUUUUUGAAAAAAAAAAAGUUAGUGGAAAUUAAAAAAUUUAGUAAUUUUACUGUUAAUACUAAGUAGAAAAAUAGGUAAAUUAGGGUUUAUAGAAUUUGAAGAAAUGAAAAAUCUUGCAUUGAAUUUGAAAA